AUUAAUGCGAAAUUUUAUUACAAUCACAUUUGGCAUCCGAUAAACCCAACAUGGUUUUACGUCUCUACGAUGUGCAUUCCUAAACGCAUUUCCGCAAGUUCUGUACCGUUUUUGAGGCUUUUUUGAGUGAAAAUGAGGCCCAACGUGGGCAACGUGACAUUUGCGUGCCGAUAAAUUGCAAUAAAUAAAUGUGAGCAGCUUUUAGCAUGCUAAUCACGUGGAUAAAAACAGUUUAAAGGCAUGCUGACAGUCACAGAGGCGGCGGAAUUGAUUUUCAACUUUAAUAAAUAAAAAAAACAACCAUAAGUUUGGAAAACAAAAUGGAAAAAUCGUUUACAGUUAAAAUUUUUAUUGUUGCAAAUUUAAACAGGUGAUGGAAUAUUCAAUUUUAAGAUAAAAAUUUCCUAUGAACAUGUUUUGUAAAAUACCUACGUAAGGGCGCUACACUCCCUGAAAUGAAUGAAUUUUGUCUAAUAUUUCAGAAGUCAUUUUACAUAAAAGUACAAAAUUUGGUACAGUUGAUUACCUGUAGAAUACUGUUGAAUAGCCCUGUAGAAUUUUUAAGGGUAAAAAAUGGCUACAGCUGAUUAUUAGGUACAUUUCUGAUAAUUAAUCAAAAGAAUCGAUUUGCAAAUUUAGUUCCUACGCUAAUGACUACUUUGCACAAAGAGUCACAGAGUUUGCAUUAAUUUUGAAAAAUCGCUCAAAAAUGAUUUGAAAAUCGUCUUGAGUAGUCCUUCCGUGUUUGAUCCUGCGUCAGGUGAGCGCGUUUUGCGCAUCCUUGAUCAAUACCUCGACGCAUCUCUGUCCGGGCCUGAAGCAUGUGCGUGUAGUGCUUCCAGUCGGCAUGAGCCAGUGCAGUUCUCACACCUCCACGACCUGGACGCCAUCCUCGCGGUGUCUUUAAGGACAUGCGGGACGAUGAUGACGCCACCUGCCGCCGAUGAUGACCUGGUGUCGGCGGGCCAAUGGCUGGAAUCCAACGCCACCAUCGUCGAGCAGUGGCUCAAACGGCACGCCUCCGCCGAGUUCCGUCGCCGCGUCCAGGAAGCCGCCGCAGAUGCCAGACGCGUCUCCGUCGCUCCAGAUCUCUUCCAGCGAUGGCUGGUGCAUCCGCCGGCUGUGCGACCCCGACGGGACCUCGAAGCCAUGGAGGAGGACGAAUUGUUCAUGGAGUUGAUACGGGACGUCGCCAACGAGCUGGAUAUAGACGUGCUGUGUCACAAGAUAUUGAGGAAUGUGAGUUUGUUGACGAGGGCUGAUAGGGGGUCCUUGUUUCUCGCUAGGGGAGCCGGAGACGGGAGGUAUCUAGUAGCGAAGCUGUUUGAUGUUAGACAUGAUACCUCGCUGGAGGAGGCCGUCAAAAUGGCCAAAGCGGAGGAAAUUAGGAUUCCUUUCGGGGUGGGCAUUGCAGGCACCGUCGCCAAGAAUAAAAUACUCAUCAACAUCACAGAUGCCUAUAAUGAUCCGCGUUUCAGCAGCGACAUAGACCUCAAAACGGGCUACAAGACCAACUCAAUACUCUGCAUGCCUAUUUGCAAUUACGAAGGCGAAGUUAUUGGAGUCGCGCAAAUUAUUAACAAGACCAAUGACAGUCAGGAAUUUACUCCACACGAUGUGGAAGUUUUCAGAAGAUAUUUGACUUUCUGUGGAAUUGGAAUACAAAACGCCCAGCUGUUUGAAGUUUCGGUGCUGGAAUACAAGAGGAAUCAGAUUUUGUUAAAUCUAGCACGUAGCAUAUUUGAAGAACAGAACAAUUUAGAAUGUCUGGUGACGAAAAUAAUGAGAGAAGCACAAGAUUUAUUAAAGUGCGAGAGAUGCGCAGUGUACUUAAUGGAUCUGGAUUGUGGAGAAGCGAAUCAUUUGGAACGGAUUUUAGAACGUCCGGGGAGAAUAAUUCGACGUCAUGCUCCUCUAAACCGUGUCGAAAGUGGAUCUGUGACAGCCGAAGACAUGAGAGUGAGUGGUUUAAAAACUCCUUGUUCUUUCACCACAAUUUUCGAAUUGAGAGAUGGAGGGAGUAACACUUUGGUAUCUAGACCUUCUUCAUUCGAUUUACAAUGCUCGACUUUGGCCCAAAUUGCAAGUUUUGCCGCUUCGACCGGUCAAAUCCUCAAUAUUGGAGAUGUUAAAACAUGGCUUAGUGAACAACACAGUGAAGGCGAUGCUGAAUCGGCCAGAACCAUCCUCUGUAUGCCUAUACUCAACGGCCAAAGAAACCUCAUAGGUGUUGCCCAACUGAUAAAUAAGGAAAAUGGGGCUCCGUUCACCGAUUGCGACGUGUCUUUAUUCGAAGCAUUUGCGAUUUUUUGCGGUUUGGGUAUUCAUAAUACCCAGAUGUACGAAAACGCUUGCAAGUUGAUGGCGAAGCAAAAAGUCGCUUUAGAAUGUCUUUCUUAUCAUGCGACAGCGAGUAACGACGCUACUGAAAAACUGAUCAAAGAGGAUAUCCCUUCGGCUGAAACUUACAACUUGUAUAGCUUCACGUUCAUCGAUUUCGAACUUUCAGACGAUGAUACUUGCAAAGCCACAAUACGGAUGUUUUUAGAAUGCAACUUGGUGCAACAAUUUCACAUUCCCUAUGAGGUUUUGUGUCGUUGGAUUCUUAGCGUAAAAAAGAAUUAUCGUCCGGUGAAAUACCACAAUUGGCGACAUGCCCUAAACGUGGCCCAAACCAUGUUCGCUAUGUUCAAAACGGGAAAAAUGGAGCGAUUUAUGAGCGAUUUGGAAAUGUUGGGACUUUUGGUGGCUUGUUUGUGCCACGAUUUGGACCAUCGGGGUACCAAUAACGCUUUCCAGACCAAAACCGAAUCUCCACUAGCGAUUUUGUACUCGACUAGUACCAUGGAGCACCACCAUUUCGACCAAUGUGUCAUGAUUCUCAAUACCGACAGCAAUAAUAUAUUCCAAGUAGGUGGGUUUAGUUUCAGAUUUCAGGAACGGAAUUUCAGAAGCGUUAGUUACCGUUUCAGGUGUGAUAAUUUAGACUUAUUUCAGGCUUUAUCGACGGAGGAUUACCGAAGGGUGAUGAAACUCGUGGAAACUGCGAUUUUAUCAACUGAUCUCGCUAUGUAUUUCAAGAAGAGGAACAAAUUUCUGGAGUUGAUCGAAAACGGGGAAUUCGAUUGGCAAAGCGACGAUAAAAAGGACUUACUUUCCGGGAUGAUGAUGACUGCUUGUGAUGUGAGUGCGAUUGCAAAACCUUGGGAAGUGCAACAUCGAGUGGCGAAACUAGUCGCCGAUGAGUUUUUCGAUCAAGGCGAUAUGGAAAAAAUGCAACUGAAAGAACAACCAAUCGCGAUGAUGGAUCGUGAAAGAAAAGACGAAUUGCCUCAGAUGCAAGUGGGAUUUAUCGACGUCAUUUGUUUACCGCUUUACCGAGUUUUAUCGGAAACGUUUCCUUGGGUCAAACCCUUGUAUCAAGGGACUUUGGAGAAUCGCAAACAUUGGCAAGAUUUGGCCGAAAAAGUCGAAAUGGGCCUUACGUGGAUCGAUCACGACACGAUUGAUAAACCGGUCGAAGCGUUCGCUGAUACAGAAGAGACCAAAGAUAUAGAACUAACAGUUCAAACCCUCCAUACCGCUCCAGCAUGUCAACAAUUGCCUCCCUUGGGACACAAAUUGAAACAGAAAAAGAAAAUGCUCAUAUGUUACAUCAAGGAUGGAUUUUUUUACAAACAAAAAAGAGAAGAAGAGCAGAAUGGUGAUGCUUGAAUCCAAAAAAGACAUUUUGUAAUUAUAUUUGUAUCUAACAAACAGCAAAUAAAAUGUAUAUAGAAAAUAAAAACAGAUCUAA